UUCUGAGCACUCCAAACAAUCACCGAUUCGCCAACUACUUUGAGGCGCCUGCUCGACGCGAAGAGAGGAAUCCGGUCGAAUGGCGCGGGCCUGGUCGAACGGCAGGUGACGGGUGAGUUGAAAGAGAUGCACAUGCAUUUGAGAAAACGAGGAGGGAAAGUAGCAGCGCGCGAUGACUGACGCAGCAAUUGACAUGUUUCUUUGGCCCAAGACGUCCUCCUGUGGGUCUCAGAGUCUCACAUUAGCAAGAGUCGCGACGAACGGAACAAGGGCAUCGCGACUCGAACAGAGCGAUCGGACGCUACAAACGGGGCGCUCCUGGCAUUGCUGCUAGUAGCAAGAAGCUACUAGCGAUGCAGAAGACUCAGAAGACUAUCAUUGGCGAUUGGCGAUUGGUGGAGAAGACGCCGUGGAGAAACAGCCCGCUGGUCCAUCUUUCAUUUUCUUGGCUGCCAUGUUGGCUGCUUUUGCCUUUGACAAGGCUUGAGCUACGGCUUGAGAGGUUUCUGUUGAAAUCAGCCCAGCAAGCGACUCUUGACUCUUGCCAGUGGUGGUGUUCGCCAGAAUUGUUGCGGAAGAAGGGAGACAUGGUACCUCAGUGCAUCUCAGUGCCCAAGGGCGAUCCGUUUCAGAUGGUCCCUAUUAGUUCCUACAUAGAGAAUGACCACCAGACGGGCCGUUCGAGCCUUGUCAUACCCGGUUCAAUGCCUUUUGUUAAGAAAGAAGCCGUUGGCUUCUGCACCCAUCGGGCAAAAUCGGCGACCGCCUGGUUGGCCCUAGUGCAUCUGCAUUUUCACCACAAGUGACCAGUGUGGCCAUCAGUGUGCUCAAACAGCACCAGCGUAUGGUGCCACAAAGCUAUCCUUUUGUACGACUGACCCACAUAUAGACUUCCAAAUCAAUCACGCCGGCAGAAGCCGACAGAAUUCCUUUUCGCCAGAUGCAACUACGACAGUGGAGCCAGUUGAAAGGCAUCGGCAUUGAUGUAGCCUUAGCCACCUUGACAAGUGACAUGUCCGUCUAAGUCCCACGGCUGUUCUUCCUCAUCGGGGAUUUCAUGAUCUGAGGAGGCUCCUUGAAGCGCUGUUUUAAAAGUUGCUCCACGAGCUUGUAAUUCUAAACGGCUUGGAGUUUUGCCUUUAAGCAAAUUUUUGACAUCAAGACAUAAAUUGCAUGCCAAAGUUUUCAUUCAUCCAUGGCAAAGCCUUUUGUGGCUCUCACGAGCGAUCUGUUGGGGUCACCUGAAGAGUUUAAGAGGUGCUGCUCCGUAAUUUCUUCAUGUCGAUGAGUUGAACGCGCUCAAGCGUUUUGGCAGCUUGCAAUGCUUGAAACACUCGGUUUGAGAAGCUUAUUUGACCAAUCUCAGUUGCUCCAAGACAGGCACGGUACCGCAGAUGUGCCGGAGCAAUAUGUGUAGAGAAAAGCGACCAUGUCUCAUGAUUGUAGAAAUGUUUAUAGACAACUUCCAGAGAAUUAUGGACAGAGUCAACAUCAAUUUUACGAAGAACUCCUAACUAGUUUGUUUGAUGAAAACAGCACCUGACGUUCUAGUUGGUGCUGUAUUUUGGCUCAAGGACUUACAAAGUUUAAUAUCUCGC